AUGAGGCGACUUGGAUUUCAAAACUUGAAUCAGCUAAGAAAAAGGAGCAUAAUUACCUCUUCUUCUUCGAUCCUUGUUCCUCAAGAAACCAUUCUCUCAUCCCAUAUUCACAAACCCAAAACAGAUCAUCCAAACAGUUUCAGCUUCCUCCGAGAAUCGAACUCAUCAUCUUCUUGCCCGAUAUGUUUCUCUUCUGAUUCUUCCGACUAA